ACUCAAUUGCAGAGAAAAUGAUGUUUUCAGUGCUAUUCCUAUUGUCUGCCACUUUAUUAAGUGGUUGUGCGGCGGAUUGGCAUCAGGUCUGGUCUGAGGAGUUCAACGGGAGUGGAAGUCCGAGUGAUGCCGAGUGGUGGUAUCAGACCGGAGGCGGAGGUUGGGGUAAUAAUGAGCUCGAGUUUUACACACAAAAGCACACAAACAACGCUCGAGUAGAGAACGGACACCUUGUCAUUCAGGCCCGCGUCGAGGAACAGGGGGGCCGACACUUCACAUCCGCCCGAAUGGACUCCCAUAAGGGCUGGACAUACGGCAAGUUCGAGGCCAGAGCUAAACUACCGAAAGGCAAACAUUUAUGGCCCGCCAUUUGGAUG